UUUUAGCAAGAAGUGAUAAUGACCAUUACUUCAAAAUAUUUUUCCAUUUAAGACCUUUAUAUAAAGGAGGAUAUUGUUUCCAGUCAACAGUAGCUUACACCAGUGCACGUAAGAACAUUGGUUGAAGAUUGGUAAGAAAAAUGUUCGUAAAAUCUAUAGAGGUCACACAAUUGUUGCUGUUGAUUUGUAUCGUCUUCGAAAGCUGCCUGUCAUUGCCAAUUCCGUCAGAACUAUUCGAAGAGAUUACUCAUUUCGAAGAUGAACCUCAAGAGCCGGAGAUUCCCGAAGAACUUACUAAGCCCAAGUUCGCGUUCUUACCGUUACCUAAUUUCUCUGAAUUCUCCGAUGACACAGAAUGGAAACACAAAAUCUUGAUGCCGAAAUUUGCCUAUGCAUAUAAAAACAAAUAUGAAGACACCGUUCUUAACUCGGAAGUGACGUCGUCGUCGCCGUCGGUUUCCGAAGAUGAACCUCAAGAGCCGGAGAUUCCCGAAGAACUUACUGAGACCAAGUUCGCGUCCUUACCGUUACCUAAUUUCUCUGAAUUCUCCGAUGACACAGAAUGGAAACACGAAAACCUGAUGCCGAAAUUUGCCCAUGCAUAUAAAGACAAAUAUGAAGACACCGUUCUUAACUCGGAAGUGACGUCGUCGUCGCCGUCGGUUUCCGAAGAUGAACCUCAAGAACCGGAGAUUCCCGAAGAACUUACUGAGACCAAGUUCGAGUUCUCACAGUUACCUAAUUUCUCUGAAUUCUCCGAUGACACAGAAUGGAAACACAAAAUCCUGAUGCCGAAAUUUGCCUAUGCAUAUAAAAACAAAUAUGAAGACACCGUUCUUAACUCGGAAGUGACGUCGUCGUCGCCGUCGGUUUCCGAAGAUGAACCUCAAGAGCCGGAGAUUCCCGAAGAACUUACUGAGACCAAGUUCGCGUCCUUACCGUUACCUAAUUUCUCUGAAUUCUCCGAUGACACAGAAUGGAAACACGAAAACCUGAUGCCGAAAUUUGCCCAUGCAUAUAAAGACAAAUAUGAAGACACCGUUCUUAACUCGGAAGUGACGUCGUUGUCACCGUCGGUUUCCAAAGAUGAACCUCAAGAACCGGAGAUUCCCGAAGAACUUACUGAGACCAAGUUCGAGUUCUCACAGUUACCUAAUUUCUCUGAAUUCUUCGAUGACGCAGAAUGGAAACACGAAAACCUGAUGCCGAAAUUUCACUAUACAUAUAAAUACAAAUAUGAAAACACCGUUCUUAACUCAGAAGUGACGUCGUUGUCGCCGUCGGUUUCCAAAGAUGAACCUCAAGAACCGGAGAUUCCCGAAGAACUUACUGAGACCAAGUUCGAGUUCUCACAGUUACCUAAUUUCUCUGAAUCCUUCGAUGAUACAGAAUGGAAACACGAAAACCUGAUGCCGAAAUUUGACUAUGCAUGUAAAGACAAAUAUGAAGACACCGUUCUUAACUCGGAAGUAAUGUCGUCGUCGCCGUGGGUUUCCGAAGAUGAACCUCAAGAGCCAGAGAGUUCCGAAGAAUAUAUUGAGAUCAAGUUUGAUGAACCGGACGAUGAUUACGAAACAUUGCAUGACAAAUUCUUCAGAGGAAAGUAUCAAGAAAUCAAGAUGAAUCGAGAAAGCUUACCAGUAGCCAUUCCAGGAUCGGAUUUUCCGGAGGAAAAUUCGUUAUCGGAAGAGGACUUUUUCAACCUAAAAGGGAGUCGUCCAUCUUAUAGAUUAUGGCAUAACUGGAAUUGAUGUCGAACACGUAACUCAGGAUGCCACGAAGAUUACUGAUGCUACCAAAGACAAAUACAGUGAAAUAUACUACGAAAUAGAUAGAGUCAUAAAAGAAAUCCUGGCGUUUAAGGAUUGCCAGGCGACUUCAGCAAAAAAGAUGAUCGUUUAUCUCGUUAUUGAUAUCAUCAAUGAUAUCAUCUCUAUUAUCCAGGAGCUAAGGAGGAAAAGCGAACAAAUUUCAGAUUUCCGAAAUUUUAUCAAACGCGCUGAUUUGCCUGAAAUUUAACAUUUUAUCAAAGUGGUCUGUUAUAUUACUGCUUUCGGCCGUUUGACUAAGGUCAUACUGUAAUCGAUAUUGGACAUGUAAAUUCUUUGGUUUUAUUUAACUAUUCUAAAGCAUUCGACAGUGAAUCAUACGUUACUAAAUCUCUAAACAGGAUUACUAUAGUCUAUCUACAACUGCAUCUGUUUAUGGCAUUAAAAAAUAUAAACUCACUUAUCAACUA